CCCCCAUGUCCCCCGAGCGGCCCGUCUCGCCGGGGCAGGUUGCGGAGCCGCCCGGCAAGAGCCUGUGGGAGCGGAUCUGCGAGGAGCAUGAAGCUGAGCAGCCUCCCUUUCCAGAGGGAUAUAAAGUCAAACCAGAAGCUGUGAUGACUCAGGUUUCACCGUUGGAGGAAACGGUCUUCCAUGGCUUCAAUGCAGAGCACCUAUUUCCAGUGCCUCAUUUGACCGUGGCCUCACAUAUACCCUGCCCUCAAGUGCAAGUGGAAAAAGUCGAUCCAAAAACAUGUUCCCCCAAAGAAUAUUUGGAAACAUUCAUCUUUCCAGUUCUGCUUCCCGGAAUGACUAGCCUGCUUCACCAAGCAAAGAAAGAAAAAUGUUUUGAGAGGAAAAGAACCAAGUUCAUUGCCUGUGAUUUUCUGAUCGAGUGGUUAUACAAUCAUAAUCCAAAGAGGAUAGGCGAGCUGUUCACAGAAUUCUUCUCCAUUCCAUUUGUGGAGCAGUGGCUGAAGGAUCACCCACGGCCAGCGAUGCCACUCUCCCUCCUGCUGACGGAGGAGGAAGCAGCCCUCAUCAUCCAGUCCUUCUGGAGAGCCUAUCUGGUAAGAGUCAUGUGCAAUUACGGUAUGUGGCCUGAUGGGGAGCUUUUGUGAUGUGG